GUCACCCACACCCCACUCCACCCCACUCCACCACCUCCAAGAUGAACUUCCGCGCUCUGUUCGCCGCCACCGUCGCCGCGCUCGUCGGCUCCACCUCGGCCACCACGUGCACCUCGUCGCAGCAGACCGCCGCGUACGUGGCUUUGGUGAGCAUCCUCUCGGACUCGUCCUUCAACCAGUGCGCGACGGACUCGGGCUACUCGAUGCUCACGGCCACGGCGCUGCCCACGACGGCGCAGUACAAGCUCAUGUGCGCGUCCACGGCGUGCAACACCAUGAUCACCAAGAUCGUGUCGCUGAACCCGCCCGACUGCGAGCUGACCGUGCCCACGAGCGGCCUGGUGCUCAACGUCUACUCGUACGCCAACGGCUUCUCGUCCACGUGCGCGUCGCUGUAAGCAGCCUCAGUCGCCAAGAUGUAUCGUUUUCACUUAAACGACUCGGUAAAGAGCUGGUAUCAGACGUAUAACCGUUUGCUGUUUGGGCCUUUAUAAGGCUAUUUGAAAGAAUAUUUUUGUUUAGUUAUCGCGUG